UGAGCAUGUAGGCGUAUGGUAGCUCCUCCUUCAGCGCGGCGGUGCCUGGACCGAGGGGACUGGCUGAGGACAGUCAUUGCUUUGUCUUGUAAGAGCCGAACACGCCGGGUCUCUAUCUCCUGCUGCCAGACCUCCAGGUAUUUGGCAUAGAAAAAGAAUGUGGUAACUCUGGUGGGAUCUCCAGGGAGGAAUAAAGAUGUUGGCUUUGGAGCUGGGGAGGCAGAGGGAUCGAGCUGCUGUCCUUGGGUUAUUCCUCACCGCUGCUCAUAUAGUGGCUGUCCAGAGUGCCUGCAAUGCUCCGCCGCGUCUCCCAUCCGCAGAACUCAAAGAGGAAUACCGUGGCAUUACCUCGUUUCCCUUUAAAUCCAUGGUGGAAUACAUCUGUCGUCCAGGUUACUUAAGAAACCUGAAUGCCCGAAGCACCCUUGUUUGUGGAGUGAACGAUAUGUGGCACGGAUCAAGGGAGUUCUGUACACCAAAGCUGUGCAGCUACCCUGGCGAGCCGGCCAACGGCAGACUCCUCCUGACAGGGAAGUUCACUUUUGGUUCAGCAGUGAACUUCACCUGCAACAUGGGGUACAGACUGAUUGGAAAUUCCCAGAUCCACUGUGUGCUUAAAGACGAGAUUGUUACAUGGGACAGAGAUAUUCCCAUCUGCGAGCCAAUACCAUGUUUACCCCCUCCAGAAAUAGCUAACGGCAAGCACAGCGGAGCUGGCAAAGAGCUUUUUGAAUACGGAGCGUCCGUCACUUACCAGUGCCACAGUGUCAGAAGGGGAGAGAGACCUUUCUCGCUGGUGGGGGAUGCUUCUAUCUUCUGUACAACCACAGAUAACUUAAAUGGUGUCUGGAACAAGCCAGCCCCAGAGUGCAAAGUGAUUAACUGUGAGCAUCCCAGUGUGCAGAACGGGAGGCUUCUGAGCGGGUACCGGCCCGAGUACACCUUCAGAGACACCGUCGUGUUCGACUGUAACUUCCGCUACACCAUUAACGGCAGCGAUGCAUCCAUGUGCAAAGAGAAUGGCCUCUGGGACCCUCCGCUGCCGCGCUGCCAGCUCAGCAGCUGUGAGGACCCUCCAGAUGUGUAUAAUGCUGUUAAAGCAAAACUUGCCGGCAAUCUCUUUCCUGCGGGGUCUGUGGUUACCUACGAGUGCAGGGAGGGCUACAAGUUCAGCCUGGGAGAAAACACGCGGCACGUUAAGUGUCUGCCGGAUUUUACGUGGACUGAAAUUCCACCUGCUUGUGAAAGAAUCCGUUGCCCAAAUCCAGACAUCAGGAAUGGAAGGCCCUUACACGUAUGGGAAGAUAAAGACAAUUAUGUGUAUGGAGACAGACUGGAAAUUAUAUGUAACAGUGGCUAUGCUUUCAAAGGUCAUAGUAAAAGUGUCAUGCUUCAGUGUACGAGUGAUGGUCAGUGGGAUCCAGCAGUACCAGAGUGCAUUCCAGAACCUCGUUGUCCAAAGCCAGAUACUGCUCAUGCGAGAGAGGUUUACAAAAGCAAAAAUGACUACACCACUGGGACCCAGCUGAGGCUGGCGUGUGAUUCGGGCUAUGUCCUUCGGGGCCAGGACCUGACCGAGUGCCAGGCUGAUGAGAGCUGGGCUCCCCCGUUACCGUUCUGUGAUAAAGUCUGUGACCCGCCUCCAAAAGUCACCAACGGGCAGCACUCAGGCUUGAGAAAGGAGCAGUUUCCCUACGGCACGGAGGUGACGUACAGCUGCGCGGAGGGUCUGUCCCUCAUCGGGGACGCCUCCAUCUACUGCACCUCCGACGAUGGGGUGACCCUGGCGUGGAGCGGACCUGCCCCGGAGUGCAGGGUGGUCCGGUGCCCCAAGCCCGCAGUCGAGAGGGGAAGGAUGACGCCGCAGAGGUUCACGUUUCCCUACGGGGCGGCCGUGCGGUUCUCCUGUGACGAAGGCUUCAUGCUGCACGGUGAUGCUGAGAGCCGGUGCCUGGCCGACGGCGCCUGGCACCCCCCCCUGCCCACCUGCCAGCCAGUUCGAUGUUACCAACCCUCAGGACAGGAUAACCUAGUGAUUUAUACUCGAAAACAAUGGUACGAGGUGAAUGAAACGCUGUCCUUCUACUGCAGAGUUGAUGGCCGCCUUGUAAGGAAUUCAGAAAUCACCUGCUCAGCUAAUGGCACUUGGACGCCAAAGCCCACAUGUAAAAAGCGUGAUACAUGUGAGAAGAUUCUUCGAAAUAGGGAGGCUUUCGAGUGUGGAGUUCCUCUGACAGAACUGAAAACUCUGCUGGAAGUGCAGAAACUGCACCUGGAGAUCCAGAAACUUGAGAAGGAGCUAAAACCCCCAGUAUAUGGCUGACUGUUGUCACUGGUCUCAUACGAACAGUCUUCUUUGCAUGUUGAAUAAUCGUGCUGACUGAGGGUCUCUUUAUGACUUUGCUGUUUGUGCUAAUACUUAAGUAGCCAGAACAAAUCUACCAAUCAGUCAAGGACCAGUUGGUCGUAUUGGGGAGUCAGAAAGUGACUUCUGGCUCAUUCUGUUAGAGCUCGGUGGGGUAGGUUUGGACAUCACUUUAUACAUUUUAAAGCUUUACAUUUAGGUAUGUUUGUUAUACUGAUGAGUGCGCAAUUAGAAAGGAAGUGAGUGAGAAGUAAAUUUUUGUCAGGGCUGAGCAGGCACUGUACAUGAACCUGCUGAGAGCCACCAGCCUGUGUUUGCCCCACAGCUGCUGCACCCCUUCAGCUGCAAGCCAGUAUAGCCCACUGCCCUGCUCAUAUCCAUUGCAUUCAUUACUGUGAACAAGCACUUAACUGCCUAACUAGCUGUGACCUUUAGAGCACGCACAAUGAAGAAAAUGCCAAAGCCUGUCUUCUAGCAAAUGGAAAAUGCCAGGUUUCCAUCCGAGCAGGACAGGUGUGCCUGAGGCUACGGUGGUGCCACCUGUGCAUCUCUGGGUGUGCACCAAGAGUGGUUGUUGGAAAGAAAAGUGCAAAGAAAGGAAUGGCCUUUUUUUUUUUUUUUCCCUUUUCCUGCAACAUCUAGUAAAAGGGGAAGUGCUCUGUUGUCUGAUCACAAGAUGUGUGCUCAGUACUCCUUCACCACCAGAUUAUAAUAAAGCUGCAAUUGUAAAGACA